AUGCAUUCACCGCAAAACGGAGUCCAAGAAUGGAUCGAUGAUGUUUACCAGGCACGGUCCGUUGAAGCCACUUCUCGAAACUUUUUCCAGACAUUAUAUGUUGGUGAAAGCAUUCACGGACUUUUUGCGUUACCAGCUUUUGUAAACAGUCAUACGAUAACAGUGGUACCAAAAUAUCUUGGUCCGCCGUUGCUGGAAGGUCCAACACCUAUUGCAGUCGAGAACGAAUAUCUACAGACACAAAACAAUCCAUCUACUCAUCGUGUUGCUUUGAUCAAUUUGGAUAUAGCAAAAAUUACCCAUAAGACGGUCGAUGGAGAAUUCUUAGUAUUGGGCUAUCACGAACUACCUGAGUUGACGCAGUCACAACUUAUUUCACAACGAUUUACUCGCCAGCAACGAUAUCGUUCCAUAUCUUUCGUUUCGACAGACAUGCAGUCUGAUGAAGUAUCCGUUCAGACUACCGACGAUGAAUAUGCUUUGUGGAAGAGUAAGCAGUUGGUUUUAAUCAUUGUUAUUUCAUUUACCACACUGUUUGCUGUUGCUUGCUGGUUUUUUAUGAAAAAGUUACAAAAUCAUGAACAGGAGAAGUUACCGGAACAGCGAACGAACUGCGCGCAAACGUCGAAAAAUUUUAGAAAUUUUUGGUAUGCACGGCAAUUAGAGCGGCUACCGUAUGGGUGGUUGCAAACUGGAAAUAUCAUGUAUAAUCCUGAAGAUCGCCUUGGUCAUGGAUGCGAAGGAACUGUUGUAUUCAGAGGUAAAUUUGAUGGUAGGGAAGUGGCUGUGAAACGGGUUAUUGCCGACAUUCAACUUGCAGAUCGCGAAGUUGAUCUUUUACGAGAAAGUGAUACCCAUCGAAAUGUUAUCAGAUAUUUCUGUAUGGAAGCUGACAGUAAUUUUCGCUACAUUGCACUGGAGUUAUGUGAUUACUCACUAUUCGAUUAUGUGGAGAAGAAGGAAAUUCGAGAGCAAUGUCCCCUUAUCCCCUUGGAAAUACUGCAUCAAGCAACUGAAGGACUUGCUUAUCUUCACAGUAUAAACAUAGUGCAUCGUGACAUGAAACCGCAAAAUGUACUGUUAUCAAGAGGUGGCAAGCAAGGGGCAGUACGAGCACUGAUCUCAGAUUUUGGCCUUUGUAAGAGACUUCAAGCAGGUCGUAAUUCUUUAUCACGAAGAUCCGGUCUUAUUGGUACUGACGGUUGGAUUGCGCCAGAAGCUUUAAUAUCAGAUACAAGUAUUACUUGUGCUGUUGAUAUCUUUUCUCUUGGUUGUAUUUACUAUUAUGUAUUAACAACUGGAAGUCAUCCAUUUGGAGAUGCUUUGAAACGACAAGCAAAUAUCAUGCAAGGAGAAUAUAGCUUAAAAUUUCUGAGUACAUCUGGUAAUUUGAUGGCAGUUACACUGAUUGAAACGAUGUUACGACGUGAUCCACUGCUUCGUCCGAUAUCAGCUACUCUAGCACUACAUCCAUUUUUUUGGAACAAAGAACGUCAACUUAGGUUUUUUAUGGAUGUCAGCGAUCGCAUCGAAAAAUUAAGCGAACAUACUUUUUUAUUACGUCGCAUAGAAGAAAAUGCUCGCUAUGCUAUUGGUUUUAAUUGGCGUCUAUCCAUAUGUCCUAUCCUUGCAGCUGAUUUACGUAAAUUUCGAACCUACAAAGGCAGUAAAGUUCGGGAUUUAUUGCGAGCAAUGCGAAACAAAAAACAUCACUACCAGGAAUUACCAAAAGAGGUGCAACAAACGCUUGGUCAAGUUCCUGAUCAGUUUGUUACCUACUUCACAGAUAGAUUCCCACAGUUAUUGCAACACACCUACGAUGCAAUGAGUUGUUGUGCUAACGAGCAUGCCUUCGCUGGGUAUUAUUCUGAAGAAGCCCGAAAAAAGGCUGAUGAAUUGGCAGUUGAAAUAGAGGAAAGUGAAAUUAAAGAGUCUGAGGUUGAGAGCAAGGAGAUAGAAAUCGGGAAUAAAGAGAGAGAAAUCGUCGAUGGUCCAGAUGAAGAUAAUCAAAAUGAACGAACCACAGUUAAUGAAUCCUUACAAGAAAUGGAAACAGUUACGACAGACGAUCUUGCAGUAGCUGUAGAUAAUUCUCGUCGGAACAGAAAACGCAAAAAACGUCUCAAACAUCAGUGUUGA